AUGGCCGCCUCCACCCUGUCCACCUGCUCCAGCGACCUGAGCUACGGCAGCCACUGGGACGACUGUCCAGAGAGCUGCUGCGAGCCCCCCUGCUGCGCCCCCAGCGGCCGCACCCCCGCGCCCCGCCUGGCCCUCGUCUGCACCCCAGCGAGCUCUGAGCCCAGCCCCUGCCUGUCAGGCUGCACCAGCUCCUGCACCUCCUCCCCCUGCCAGCCGGCCUGCUGUGUGCCCGUCUGCUGCAGGCCCGUCUGUUGCACACCUGUCUGUUGCACGCCCGUGUGCUGCUCGCCCGUGUGCUGCGAGGCCUCCCCCUGCUCGGCCGCCUCGUGCUGCCAGCCCAGCCCCUGCCCCUCGUCCUGCUGCAGACCCUCGUCCUCCGUGUCCCUCCUCUGCCAGCCCGUGUGCCGCCCCGCCUGCUGCGUGCCCGUCUCCUCCUGCGGGGCCCCCGCCUCCUGCUGCCAGCCCAGCUGCUGCCGCCCGACCUCCUGCGUGUCCCUGCUCUGCCGCCCCGCGUGCUCCCGCCCCACCUGCUGCGUGCCCGCCUCGGCCUGCGAGUCCUGCUGCUGACCGGGCCCGUCCCCCCAGGGCCAGCCGGGCACUACAGGG